GUUACAGCAUUGUCGCUGGUCCAAGAUUGGCAGAUUAGGGCGGAGCCUAUACCGGUACCGCCUGACUUAACCUGCGGACGUGUUACUGAAUCGGGCCCUUGCUGCCUUGGCUAAAGCCUUUUCAGGUCACGAUUUCUCGAUCAAUUGUAGUCACCAUGACUUGACAUAACGGUAUAUUCGCGGAGGCAAGACCAUUGAUUGACGUCACUCUGCGCUGAAUGAUAGAAUAUAGAAAAUGAUAUCAUGCAAAAACUUGGUGAGCAUCAAAAUGGAUAAAAUCGAACAAUUUGUCAACAAGGAGAUAAAGGAUAAUCCAGUUGUUGUGUUUUCCAAAUCAUGGUGUGGAUAUUCCGGUAUGGCAAAGACUGCAUUUAAAGACAUUGGCGUAAAACCAAAGGUGAUAGAAUUGGACAAAAUAGAUGAUGGUGCAAAGAUACAGCAAUAUUUGGCAAAAAUAACUGGAGGCAACACUGUGCCAAGAGUAUUCGUUCAUGGAAAAUUCAUUGGAGGUGGUUCAGAGACCCGUUCAAUGGCAAAGUCUGGAAAAUUAUUAGAACUCAUAAAUAAGGGAGCAUAAAAUUUGAAAUAGGAUUGUUUCUACCUCUUUCUUCAGCAGACACAUUUAGAAAAUGUAUCAUUAACAAAUGCUACUAGAAAUGCAACCUCGUUUUUACAGUUUGAUUACCCCAUCAUCCAAGGACAAUGUGAAAAACAUUAUUGUUAUUCCACAUAUCAUCAGUCAGUUUUUGCCUCUUAAGCAAAAAUCAUCCUGACAUGGUUGGUUGCACUGGGGUACAGAAUGAAGAAAAACAAGCAAUUCCUGUCAUUUUAUUUCUCCAAUAGUUCUAUUUAAUACAAAGACUGAUCGAUGGUCUGGACUACAAUAGAUUUUUGUAUAGUUCAUCUUAAAAGUAAGCUUUGUAUUAUCUUCACAUGUCAGCAAAAUAUAUUUCUUUAACUCUGACAA